UUUGGUGAUGUUCAGUUCAUUAAUUCAUUUACAGAAGUGGAAGCUGUUUCCAUAGAGUUUGGAAGCUGUUUCCAGAGCAGAGCAGGGUGAAGCAAUCAACAGCAGCUGGAGGGAGCCGCUGCUGAGCAAUCCAUCUGGAUCGUUGCUUCCCUCAUCGGACAGUCCAGAUGAGGAUAUGUACAAUGGCAGGUGGCAAGCAGUCAGCGGCAGGAGGCAAGUCGUGCCGUGCCGUCUGCUCCUUGCCUGCUCUGCUGGUCUCGCCGUUGCCGGCUUGCCCCGUCCGUGCGUCCAUCUGUUUCCUCCUUGGAUCCUCGACAAGCAAUGGCCAUGGAGGAGGAGCAGACACCACCCGAGCUGCGCUACCUCUCGGGCCUGGGCAACACCUUCACGUCGGAGGCGGUGCCGGGGUCGCUCCCCGUGGGGCAGAACAACCCGCUAGUGUGCCCGCUGGGACUCUACGCCGAGCAGCUCUCCGGCACCUCCUUCACCACCCCGCGCGCCCGGAACCUGCGCACGUGGCUGUACCGGAUCAAGCCGUCGGUGACCCACGAACCCUUCUAUCCGCGGAACCCCACCAACGAGCGCCUCGUCGGCGAGUUCGACCGCACCACCACCGUCGCCACGCCCACGCAGCUGCGCUGGAGGCCCGCCGACGUGCCCCUCCACCCGGGCCUCGACUUCAUCGACGGACUCUACACCGUCUGCGGCGCCGGCAGCUCAUGCCUCCGACACGGAUACGCCAUCCACAUGUAUGCUGCUAACAAGCCCAUGGAUGGAUGCUCCUUGUGCAAUGCGGACGGUGACUUCCUCAUUGUUCCCCAGCAAGGAAGGUUAUUUAUCACAACCGAGUGCGGAAGGCUGCUGGUUUCACCCGGCGAGAUCGUCGUGAUCCCUCAAGGUCUCCGAUUUGCUGUCGACUUGCCGGAUGGCCCCUCGCGUGGCUAUGUCUCUGAGAUCUUCGGCGCCCAUUUUCAGCUCCCUGAUCUUGGCCCAAUUGGUGCCAAUGGCUUGGCUUCGCCGAGGGAUUUCCUUUCCCCGACAGCAUGGUUUGAGCAGGAGCACCACCCUGGAUACACAAUAGUGCACAAGUAUGGUGGCGAGCUGUUCAGCGCCACGCAGGAUUUCUCUCCAUUCAACGUGGUCGCGUGGCAUGGGAAUUAUGUCCCUUACAAGUAUGAUCUGAGUAAGUUCUGUCCAUUCAACACCGUCCUCUUGGAUCAUGGCGACCCGUCAGUGAACACAGUUCUAACUGCGCCAACUGAUAAGCCUGGCGUCGCGUUGCUUGAUUUUGUAAUAUUCCCACCCAGAUGGCUGGUUGCUGAGAAUACAUUCCGCCCACCCUACUACCACCGCAACUGCAUGAGCGAAUUCAUGGGCCUCAUCUAUGGGAUGUACGAGGUAUCUAUCUAUCUAUCUAUCUAUCUAUCUAUCUUAUCUAUCUAUCUCUCUGGCAGUGGCAGCAGUCAUGUGAAGAGAUGUAAAGACGAUGCACAUCUGCAGGCUAAGGCCGAUGGUUUUCUUCCUGGUGGCGCCAGCCUUCACAGCUGCAUGACACCGCAUGGGCCAGACACCAAGACGUACGAGGCAACGAUCAGCCGUGCUGCUGCCAACGAGCCAUCCAGGCUCAGUGGUACGUUGGCGUUCAUGUUUGAGUCUUGGCUUAUCCCUCGCGUGUGCCCAUGGGCUCUGGAUUCCCCGUGUCGGGACCUCGACUACUACCAGUGCUGGAUCGGAUUGAAGUCACACUUUUCACCUCCUGCUGCUGCUGUUGAUGAUGAGAACGAGUAGCUGCUUACAGCAGCAGUCUUGGAACGGACAGGCAGCGAACUGAAACUGGGGUGGAUAUGCUGUACGUCGUGUCCUGCUUGCUGUCGGUUUCUGAAGCUUUUAGCUGGCAGGGACAGGCGGCUGUUGGCUUUGCUGAUUGCCCAACCCUCUCCUGUAAUAUUAAUCCUACCAGAGAAACUUAAACUUGACUCAACCGAUAUGCUAUUAAAUAAAUAAAGCAAGCAAGUUAGGAUACGAGUUACCAGAGUUGUCACGGUUCCAGCAACCCGUAGCCAGUGCUGUCACGUAUCAGUGAGUACGUGAUUGCGACAAAAACACACACACAUGUUAAUAUGUAUUUUUGUUAGUCACAAUAAUCGUGUGUUGUUAUUAA